AUGUGUCGCCGCGUCUACAAGCACUACACAGCCUGCGGCUGCGUCCUCAACGCCCUCUUUUACGACAAGUGCGUCCGCGGCCCGGCCUCGCCCCUCUGCCAGAAGACAACCGGCAUCGUCACCCGCAACGGCGAGACGUGCCCCUACCACACCCGCGUCGCCCGCCGUCAAGACCGCCGCCGCCGCCAAGCUAAUGGAGGAACCCAAGACUCGGAGGAAAUCCGCAUGUCCAUCGAGGAUCCCUUCACUUUCACCGGCACCGGCACGGAGAUCACUCCCACGAAGCCCGAGGACCGCCACAAGCUGGGCGACUUCCAGUUCUUCACCAAAGACCUCGACACGUUCCUGAAGAAGUUGUCGGAGCCUGAGAAUGAGACCCCGACCGAGUCUCAGCCCGAGCAGAAGCUGAAGCAAAUGGGAAAGAACGAACAGCCCAAGGACAAGAAAGUGAGCCCCGAACUCUCCCCCCUCGCCGGCUGGUCAGACUGGACCGACGACGACGAGAACGACAACGCCAUCGCCCGCCGCAUUCGACGCGAGCGUCUUGAGAAGGAGUUCCGCGCCUUCGCCCGCGCAAACGAGAAGAAGAAGGCGCCCUUCGACUUGAGCGACGAGUUCAUGAGCUCCGACUGCGGCGAUGACAAUGACGUCUCCGACAGCAGCAGCUAUACGGACCCGGGUGACAUGUAUCCUUCGCCGAUGAGCUUGAGUCCGUACUUCAACAAUGACAAUGAAGGCGACGUCUCCGAGAGCAACGAGUCGUCGGAUACGGGUGAUGUUCAUCCUUCGUCGUCGAGCCUGGAUUCCGACCAGGGAGAUGACAGUGUCGUCCCCAAGAGCAGCAACAGCGAUUCGGACCACGGUCACAUGAUGUCUACGAUUCCGCGCCUGGUGCAGCGCAAUGGCGCUCUCUAUGCGGAUCUCUCGUGGAACACGCCUCCCGAGAACUCUGAUCGCAACAUGGGAGAGGGUGGAGAGACUGAAGACGAGGAGACUGAAGUUGAGGAAGCUGAAGAUGAGUCUGAUUACGACAGCGAAGACUCGGAUAUGCCCGAUGCCGAUGAGGAUGAUGAUGGAGACUACGUCCCGGAGCCUACCUGGCCUCCCACUGGGGUUGAGUGGACCUCCAAGCUCAAGUAUAUGAGUGGAAUCCCCCGCCGCGCCGCCGCGAUUAUCGAUGAUUGGAACUGA